AUGUUUAUAUUUAUUUUUUUAACCUUAGCUUAUGCAUAAAUUGAGUGUCAUAAAGAUGAUUUAGUAACUACAUGUUCAUUAAAUUCAUUCCAAGCAUAUAUGAUAACCUAUGAAAAAAAGACCUCUGAUACAAUGUUCCUAUUCAUAGGUACAAAACCUGGUUAAAGGUAUAUUGUUCAUAUUAUUUAGUUCUCUUUUCUUCGAUCAAUUAGGUGUAGGACCAAAUUCAACUUAUGAAAAGUGGACUGAUCUAGGUCAUUUAAUGUUUCUGGAUCUAUAAGGAUCUGGCUACACAAUAACCACUAAAACUCCAAAAUCAAUUGCUGAAUAUACAUAAUAGUGUGCAAGUGCCUUUAAUACUUUUAAAGAUCAAUUAGACUAUAAAUUCACUCGUUUAUAUAUUGUAACAAGUGGAAUUGCUUCAAAAGUGGCAUUAGAACUAGCUUUAUAGUUAUAAGCAUAUGGAACGAUUUUGUUUUCUCCAUUAUUAAAUCUUUUAGAGAAUAUGCGACAGUUGCCAACAACAGCUUAUCAUAUGGGAUUAAUUGAUUUCUAAGAGAGACAAUCUUUAGAACUUUAAGUAAUGAGUUUGAGUCAACCAAAAUAUAGCGAUUAUUAAAUUUUAGUUAACAAAGUUUCAAAGAUGAGUGGAGAUAUGCUUGUAUCAGAUUUCAGAAAAUAUGAGCUGUAUUAUUAAUUCUUUAUAUUUUAUUUAGGGAUAACUCAACAAUCAUUUUGACUGACAUAAUGAACACUCAAGUAGUAAGAGAUAAAUAUCAUGCAAAAUAACAAUUUUUUAAGACAUUUAAUAUAGAUAUCUUUAAUAAUAUGACUGAUUCCUUAUCUUAAAAUAUUGAUUUAGAAAAAUAUUUAAAAUGUAAGAGUAAAUUAAUAAAAUUUAGAAACCAAAAUAAUAUGUUUGAUUCCAUAAUUUUCCUUAACUACAAAUAUAUAAGGAACCUUAAGUUAUCUAAUGUAAUAUAAACAUUUUAAUGAACAACCCUUUUUACAAAAUGUAAAUGAUAAUUAAUAUGCAAUUUAUGUAAAUAUUGGCACUAUUUACAUAAUUUAUAAUAGUGGUGAUAAAAUAUAUCAGGAUCAAUAAGAUAUAGUUAAAAAGAUAAUAAGAAAUUUAUGA